UGAUUGACGUAUUAAAUCUUUUUUAUGGUCUGGUCUGGGGUUUCGUAUUUGUUUGAAUCGAAUCACAAAUCUAACGCAUACCCUUUCCCCUAUACUUCUGAUUCCUUUUCUACUUUUUGUGACCCCGACUAUCUCCUCUCAACUCCUUUCUGUCUCCAUCUUGGCUUGGGAAUAUUGAUUAUUCUCGGCAGUAGGGUCGUACGCAUACAAUCAUUUGACAGCAGUGUGUCUUGUCAACAGGAACACCGCUGCUAACUCUCAACGUGCAUUUCAGCAUGGAGAACCUUUGUACCUGGCUCGGCCUUUUGGCAGGAGCCGUAUUCCUCUACACAUCAUGCCUGGUAGUGUACAGGUUAUACUUUCACCCUCUGGCAAAAUACCCAGGACCAUUCCUGGCUAGGAUAUCAGAUGUCUACCAGCUUUACCAUGCCUGGAGAGGAGACCGCCAUCUUGAAUUUUGGCGCAUGCACCAAAAAUACGGCAAGGUAGUUCGAUUCGGGCCCAACUGCAUCUCGGUCAACAGUGCCACGGCCCUCAAGGACGUCUACGGCUUCCGCGCCAAUGUCCGCAAGGCCGAGUUCUACGACGCCUUUGUGCACCCGGCGCCCAACACGCACAACGCGCGCGACCGCGACCUUCACGCCCGCAAGCGCCGCGUCCUGUCGCACGCCUUCUCGGACAAUGCCAUCAAGCAGAUGGAGCGCUACAUCCUGGCCAACGAGCGCACCUUUUGCGCCGAGAUUGGCCGCGGCGCCUCCCCCGACAGCAAGGGCUGGAGCACCCCUAAGAACAUGUCGGACUGGUGCAACUACCUCGCCAUGGACAUCCUCGGUGACCUUGCUUUCGGAAAGGCCUUCCACAUGCUUGAGAGCGAGGAUAACCGCUACGCUUUGGACAUGGUUGGUGCUGCGGCGCAGAGGCAUUUAAUUUGCGGAACCAUGCCUAUCAUCGACAAGCUCAGCCUCGACAAGGUUCUGUUCCCCAAGAUCGCAGCCGGUCGUGCCAAGUACAUGAAAUACAGCCGCGCACAACUUACCGAGCGCACCAAGCUUGGCGACGAGACGGACCGCCGUGACUUCUUCUACCACCUGCUGCGCGCUCGCGACCCCGAGACCGGCCAGGGUUUCAGCACUCCCGAGCUCUGGGGAGAGUCCAACCUGCUUAUCAUCGCCGGUUCCGACACCACCUCCACCGCCAUGGCCGCCACUCUCUUCUACCUCUGCCGCAACCCCGCCGCUCUCGCUCGCGUGACCGAGGAGGUCCGUACCGCCUUCUCCAGCGUCGAGGACAUCAAACAGGGUCCCCAGCUCAACGGACUGACCUACCUGCGCGCCUGCAUCGACGAGGCCAUGCGUCUGUCCCCAUCGGUCGGCGGUAUCCUGCCUCGCGAGGUCCUGGCCGGCGGCAUCACGGUCGAUGGCGAAACGCUGCCCGAGGGUACCGUCGUCGGCACUCCGCACUACGCCAUCCACCACAACGAGGACUACUACCCCGACCCGUUUGCGUAUGCGCCCGAGCGCUGGAUCGCCGGCUCCGUCCUCAAGUCGGGCCGCACCGUUGGCGAGGCCGACAUCCAGGCCGCUCAGAGCGCCUUCUGCCCCUUUAGCGUCGGGCCCAGGGGCUGUAUCGGCAAGGGUCUGGCGUAUGUCGAGAUGUCGACCACCCUGGCUAGGACUCUGUUCACGUACGACAUGCGCAAGGCCGUCGGGGUCGAGGACCCGUCCGAGGGAGGCAAGCCCGGUGCCGAGUGGGGAAGGCACAGGGAAUCUGAGUUCCAGCUCGUCGAUACUUUUACCAGUCUGAAGGAGGGUCCUAUUUGCGAGUUUAGGGAGAGGGAUCUGUCAGCGUAAAAAAGGUGGGGUUGGGUUUUGAAGAGACUGUUUUCUGGGGUUUGCAUGAACGUACUACGUAUAUAGUUAAACUCUGUUAGGGAGUGCUGAUCGAAAGAAAUUCCCCCAGGCAGGAAGGGUAUUUUGUCAUGCUGUUGUCGAUCUUUCACUUGUUGAUGGGCACCUGGCCGCAUAUGAACUCUUGGCAACCAGAUGGAGUUUAUUUUUACGAUCACGUCUUGUGAUGCAAUGACAUAUUGGAAUGUAACAAGCAUGUGAAGAGAGAGAGAAAAAAAAAAAAAAAAGAGAAAAAAAGUGGCAAGAAAUCAGAUAAUGUAAACAAAACAUCCGACUCGAACAUAUUGCCAAGGCUUCGUUACCAAUGUCUCACGGGCCCUUCCGAGCCAAUGUUC